GUUGAUAAGUUGACGUUGACAUGUUUGUUAAUCACGUCAAAAUAGCACAAAAGAGAAAUGCAUUUUUGAUAUAUCAUAAUUUAUUAUUUGUUGCCGCGUUCAGUUAAUUUUGAAGAGUUUGGCUGUCGGAAAUGGCGGUUCCGGAGAAAGAAGAAGUAUUCAAAGAAUUUCUCACAGAGGUGAAAGAAAUUGAGAAAAGAGACUCUGUUCUCACUCCGAAACAGCAGAUUGAACGACUCUUAAGGCCAGGUGCCACUUAUCGCAACCUGAACCCGUUUGAGGUACUACAAGUUGAGCCAGAAACACCGUUAGAGGAAAUCAAGAAGAAAUACAGAAGGUUGUCCAUCUUGGUGCAUCCCGACAAAAACCAGGAUGAUGCCGAAAGAGCCCAGCAAGCGUUUGAGGCUGUUAACAAAGCAUGGAAGGCAUUGGAGAACGAAGAUUCCAGGAAAAAGUGCAUGGAGAUCAUAGAAGAGGCAGUAGGAAGAACUGAAAUAAUGAUUCAAGAGAAACGCAAGAAGGCGAAGAAAGAUGGUCGGUCGACAGCGGUGCCCGAGGACGAUCCGGUCGAGUUCAAACGUGCCGUGAAAGUGUUGACGAUGAAACUGUUCGCUGAUACGGAGCGGAAAAGGCGGGAAUUGGCCGACAGAGAUCAGGAGGAGAGGAAACGGAAGAGGGAGGCGGAAAUCGAGGAGGAAGAGCGGGCCAAGGCGCAAAAAGAAUGGCAGAAGAACUUUGAGGAAUCCAGAGAGAAUAGAGUGAACAGUUGGCAGAAUUUCCAGACGAAAUCAAAAGAGAAAAAGUCCAGCAAAAAGAUCAAAACAUUCAGACCGCCUAAAAAUAAGCCAGAGUCCAGAUAGACGCUAUUUCAAGUGAUAUUUUGGUUUUGAGUGGAAUACGAGUGACUAUCAGAUUUUCUUGUGGAUACUUCGCAAUUUUAGAUUUAUUUAUAGGUACAAAUAAUGUAAGCUAGAUAUGAAAAUGAGAAUUUUCAAGUAUAUUUGAAAUAAUGACGCUGUUGGAACGAUAGUGUGUUCUGGUUACACAUUUCUCAAUCUCUCUAAAUCUCAUAAGCACGUUUUUCGCAAGUUUUUAGAAAAAGAUACAAUUGGCAAUUUGUACAUGCCGAUAUUUAAUGAGGUGACUCUUGGAUACAUUUUGAGAAAAAAACAUCAUAUGAACGUAUGUCCUAAACGUAUCAACCUUUGAGAUACAUGGCGGUAAAGUUUUCAGAGAAAAAUAUGUAUUUUAUAAUAACCGAUGAAAUUUGGUACACAUCUAAAAAAUUCAUGAAGAUAUUUGCAAUAUAUCACAGUUAUUUAAAAUACAGAUUUUUUUCUAUACGUUCAUAUGAAUUUUUGUCUCAAAAUGGGUCCACGAAUCGCCUCCUUAAAUAUAUGCCAUUAAAGAACACCCUGUACAUUUUAAUUAUUCGUUUCGUCGGUGUUGUACAAGAUAAUAAAAAUUAAAAAAAUACCAUACACAUUGGAUAUUUUGGAACAUUUUGGUUUUUACCGUACUUUUACUGCCGAUUAAAUGUUCCAAAAUACGAGAUAAGGUGGUUUAUCAUCCAUAUUCGUUUAUAUUUAUAUACAGAAGAGUCGAAAGUGUUACAAGUCUGUAGAGUCUUAGAUUUAUAUUAGCUGUGUUGAUUUUCUCGAGAACAAUUCUGGACAAUCUUUUAUUUUAUAUAGAUUUUUGUGUAUAUAUUAGUAUACAAUAAACACAUGUUCUGUAAUUUGUUUUUUUUUAUAAAAAUAAUAGACUGCAAAGAACAAGAAAUAUUUUCAACUAAAUGAAUUUAAUGAAAACCUAGCAAAACAGCAUGAAAAUUUAUGAGGGACUAACGAGUUCCGAUAAAAUUUUGAAUUAGUAAUACGGCACUCGACCGUACGUCAUCGCGGAUUUAGAUGAAAAUUGUAUCAAAAUAAAGAAUAAUGUCGAACAAGCAUAUUUGGUUAUUAAGAUCCUAAAUUAAAUAUUUAAGCAUUGUAAAAUUGACGUGAUUAUAUUAUAAUGUUCACCGACAUUUCAACCAAAACAAUGAUACUAUAGAUAUUUCAGCAUAGAAUAAAAGCAAUGUACAACUUCAUAGUAUUGUAUAUUGAAAACUAUAGACUACAACUGCCAACUAAAAAAUAUGUAAAUUGUAAUUAGGAAGUUUCCUAUAGUUGAAAAUACUGCCUGUGCUA